AAAAUUUUUUAUCCAUGCUGCGUGAGGCAAUGUAAAAAAUCGAAAUCAUUAAUAUCUUAGGCAAUAAGAAAAAAUACCAGAUUAUUUGCAUACUUGGCACAAUCAAUAAACUGCAAGUAGUCUGACUCGUAUAUUGCCAGAGUUACAAUUUCUUCAGCAAACUUAUUUCAUUCUCUCGUGUCUAUAUUUUACUGCUUCCACCACCAUCAACAUCGUUAGGUAUAAUUGCAACCGCUCUGGGCAAAUAGAACAAAAGAACAAGGAAGAGGGAGUUAAAAGAUUGCUUUAUAGUGUGUUUUAAUUUUUUUUAAAAAAUAAUAUAACGUUUCACAUAAAAGUUAUUGAUAUUAACAGUAAUUGUCAAGAAAAGGCGUGCCGCUACUCAAUUUUUCGAGUGUGUGGGUGUGAAUGUUUUGUAUUGCAUUAAUUAUAUACCGAAAGUUUUGUUAAAUAAAUAAAGUAAAUAGAAUAAUAAAAAAAUGAAAAAAAUAUUUUCAAAGUUUGAUAAAAAUGAAAAACUUGAAUCCCUCAACUAUAAUACAUCGACCAAAGAAACAAGAGACGCCAGUUUUGUUGGCAAAGUGUUCACCGUUGGUCGUGUCACGGUCACCGUGGAGGAUGUUUUGGCUGAAGGAGGAUUCGCAAUGGUUUUUUUGGCUAAAGCCAAUACCGGCAAUGCUAAAUAUGCUCUUAAGCGUAUGUAUGUCAAUAACGAGCAUGAUCUAAAUGUAGCUAAAAGGGAAAUCCAAAUUGCGAGUAAUUUAAGCGGUCACAAAAACAUUAUUGGCUACGUCGACUCCAGUAUAACCCAUUGUAGCAAUGGUGUAUGCGAAGUAUUGCUCUUAAUGCCGUACUGUAAACAACACAUGCUGGCCAUGAUGAAUGCCCGUUUACAGAUUGGUUUUACAGAAUCGGAAGUUUUACAAAUUUUCUGUGAUAUUGUUGAGGCAGUUUCCCGACUGCAUUAUUGUCAAACGCCAAUAAUACAUCGCGAUCUAAAGGUGGAAAAUAUUUUAUUAAACGACGCUGGCAAUUAUGUUUUAUGUGACUUUGGUUCGGCUACAGCUAAAAUUCUCAAUCCUCAGCAGCAUGGAGUUACGGCGGUUGAAGAGGAAAUUCAAAAGUAUACAACACUUUCGUAUAGAGCUCCCGAAAUGAUUGAUUUGUAUAGCGGUAAAAAUAUUACUACAAAAGCCGAUAUAUGGGCUUUGGGUUGUCUGCUAUAUAAAUUAUGUUUUUUCACUUUGCCUUUUGGUGAGAGUACGCUGGCUAUUCAAAAUGGGACAUUUUCCAUUCCCGACAAUUCGAAAUACUCUAAAGGCAUGCAUCAGUUGAUUAAGUUUAUGCUCGAGCCAGAUAUGGAAAAAAGGCCAAAUAUAUGGCAAGUGGCUGAAGUUGCCUUUCACUUAAAUAACAAAGAAAAUCCUGUACAAAAUUUGCACAAAAGCUCUCCAGUUAAUUUGGAUCAAUUAGUAGUACCUCCGUUUGAGGCUGAAGCCAAACGUAUUUCUUCUGCUGCGGCAGCUGCUAUUAAAGCAGCUAAGCCGCAAACUGUUAACAUUGAAUCCGGUACCAGCGUGGCGCCUCGUCAAAGACCUAAGGGAUCUUCAGCUGUGCAUGGACCAAAUCCUCUGGGCUUAGGUCUGCCACCUAGCCCUUCGCCUCGUAAUAAUAUCACCUCACCACAACCUCAAGUACCCCCCCAAUGCGUAGUUGAACAGUUUCAAGCAAAUUUUCCAACCGUGACGCCGGUAUUACAAAAUUCUGUUAAUGCCUCAGCAACGACGGUGCUACCAGCAGCGACACCUGUUGCUGCAGCAACUCAAUUAAUUAAAACAAAUCCAAAUGACAUGGCGAAUACACAAAAUCCUCCAGCUGAAAUUUUAAAUAGUCUUUUUGAAUCCACGGUGUAUCCUGAUCCUUUUAGUGAAACAUCGCCAUCAGCCCCCCUGGCAAUUGAUGCCGAACCGACAGCCGCUGAUCAAGCUUGCAUUAACGCAGGUGAUAUGUCAGGGAUAGUUGGUGAUGGCGAUAAUGUAACAAGUUCUAAUUUACUAUCACCACCUAAGGCAAUUAACAAUAGUACUUCCGGUCAUCGUCGCAAUGUUAGUGAUACUUCCGCUUUUAAUAAAACCUUUGCCAAUGAAACCUCACAGUUCUUAGCGCCCUACGACCAAUCAGUUAAAAGUCGCAGUGGUGGCUCUUCUACCGGUAGCGGCGGCGACGCUGCAGCUGUAUCAAAUAGCUUCGGAGGAUCCAAUCCGAGUCUCUUUGGUGGCGUUAUGUCUCAGUCAUCGAUAUCGCAUGCUGAAUUAACCACAGCGCAACAACAAGCAAGUGGUAUGAAUCGGCCCACAAUUGCUGAGACGGUGGGGGCACGUGUAGAUGCUUGGAAUCCGUUUGAGGAGCAACCCUUUAGUCAAAUGACCGAAGAUCAUAUAUUUGAGGCGGAAUUUGAUAAAAUACGGCAACGUGGCAGUCAAGGAAGUAUAACAGCUAAAUCAGCAUCUACCACUUCAACAUUAACUCCUACAGAAAAUAAUAACUCGGGCGUGCCUAUGAUAGGAUCAGCUAAUUCCGUUCCUUCAAGUUGUGUUCCAUCGCAGACCUCAAUUUCGAAUAAUGCUAUUAUAUCAACAUCCCAUAUACCAGAGGAUCCUUUCGGUUCAGCUCCGUUUAGUUUACCACCUGGUUUACGCGAGAAGGCGGCUUGCUUGAGAAAAACUGGAGCUAAAUAUUUUAUGGUCAACCAUUGCGCUGCAAGCACACCCACAGUAUUGUCAUCAGCAACUAGCUCUGCGGCAGCAUUGGCGGCAGUUUGUGGUACUACAUCGUCAACGUCUUCUAAAUGGUUAUUGUCGCCUACGCUUGAAGUGUCUAGUGAGGAGAAAACAUCCUUGAUUAAUAACUUGAAAACUGAUUCUGAGGAGGCGGGAAAAACGAUUGGAGGAGAUGAUGCCUUAGUUAGUAUGACAAGUGCUGGGACAAAUUUAGCUUUAGCUAGCACAAAUUUCGUCAAAUUGCCUCUGGAAGAUCGUAAUAAAUAUGAAAAACUGCGCAGUAACGAUCAACCGACCUCUGACGAUUCUGAUGAUUCUGAGUUUUUUCAAGAAGAUUGUAAUACCGUUAGUAGCAAUUCAAAAAAAGCCAAAUUCAAACAAAUUGUUACUAAUAACAUACCUGACACUAUACACAAAAUACAACAGGCCGCCUAUCAUAAAGUCGAUAAGACACAAAUAAAAGUGCCGAUUGUUAAGAAAUUAAGGCAUACCACGACCAAGCGGCCUUCAACAGCAGCUCAGCAAGCGGCGCAACAAUUGAAUGUCGUUUUAGAGAAGCAUGAGCAGCAAAAUCAGCAAGCGGCUGCCAUAGCGGCAGUUGUGGCGGCUGCUGACGAAGCAGCCAAAGACGAAGGCGACGCAGAUUCGAUUGGUUCAGCAAGCGAUUUAAGAGCCGAAGAUGACGAUUUCUUCGACGAGAAUCAAAUGAACACUAUAGCAACGGGUAAUAGAUAUAAACGCCCUGACGUGGAUGGCAUUAGCGAAAGUGUGAAGACGUGCAGUUCAUCAGCUUAUCAUGCUGAGUGCGAAUCGGUCACUACGCAUGAAGACGAUGUCAGUCGUGUGGUAGUAAAAGUGCGUAUGCGUAAAAAGGAUCGUAUGGCUGCAGCAGUGGCGGCGGCCACUGGAGAUAGUGUGUUGACAGCUGGCUUAGCAGGCGACGAAAGCGAGUUAAGUCCUUGUUCCAGUGAUUUUCUAAAUAAAUUAGGGGACAAGCCUUUAUUGCUGGAUGAUGAGCUAGAUUACGGUUCUGCUGACUCUGAUACGAGAAGUCAAAGUAGCAGCGACGACAAUUCCAAUGGGUACGUGAAAGUUGACGAUGCCAAUAAGCAGAGGGAAACAAUUGAGUCGGAUUUAGUCGAGCCUGAAUUAGAUGUUUUUGCUAUGGCACCUUUUAAAAUGCCACCUGGCUUACCCUUGCGUAGAAGAUCUAAAACGGAAGCUGCCAACUCCUUGGCUACUCCCAAAACUACAAUUAAAAUAGCGUCAAUAACUCCACAAGUAGAAAUUUGGUCGUCAACACCUAUUAAAGCGGAAGCGUGUAGUGAUUUUGCGGAUUUUUCGAUAUCGACGCCUUUAGAAGAGACUCCUGUCAGCAUUAUCCCUGAACAACUAGACGAUUUUAAUGAACCAAUUUUUAACCCAUUUGUGGCACCUUUACCACUGCAUCCAACAUCAUCGUCAUCCGCAUCAUCGUCAAGGAUGGAUUAUGGACAACCUGGGCAAGUACAAAGUUCCUCUCAUUAUGGUUUAGUAACCGUAGUAAACACUAUACCCGCAGUAGAAACACCACAACGCGAUCUCUUCGACUCAGAGCCUUUUCCCCAGGUAAUUAGUAAAUGCAUUAAUGUUAACAAUAUUGACAUUGUUAACUUUGAACAAAAUAACAACAGCAACAAACUCAGUAAUAUUGUGCAGAUAAAGACUAAGCACACGCCUUCAUCCUUACCAAUCAACAAAACAAAAGCAAUCCCUCAACAAUUAAAAAAACCAUUAAUAGGCCAUCUAAACGAUCCGGUAACUUCCUCCAAUAUUAUGAAUCCUCAAAGAGAUACCAAAUCACAACUCGUUACGGUAAAUCAUUCGAUUAUAAUUAAUAAAACUCCUGAACCUUCUUCAGCUUUACAAACACAAAACCAAAGCAUAGCGAAUCAAACUCUUAUACCUAAAGCAAGUCAAUGUAAUGCGACAACGCCUUGUGCAUCAAUACCGUCAUCUGUUAAACAAAAUUCUUUAUCCAAUCCAAAGGUUUCCAAUAAAUCGCAUGUUAUUAACAUUAUGACUCCAAUUACUUGCCCAUCUUCCGUUUCAAGCGUUUCCAAGCAGGUGAUAAGCGUUAGCACUUCCCAAGCAUCAAAUUUAAAUUCCGCAAAGCAUAGCAUUGUCUUAUCCGUUCCUUCCCCAGCGAUACCGACUUCUAUAGUAACAGUCACCAGUAGUUCCAACGCGAUUAAAAGUAUUAAUAGCUCUAAGCCUAUUCCUCCGCACUUAGCACCUAAUUCUUCAACAGAUCAAGCAUUGUUUCCUAUCGCCGACAUGGGGUUUGUGCAAAUUUCCCAAGAACGAUGUUCCGAUUUCACCCCAGACGAUGAAGAAGAGCCAGUUGUUGUAAACUCCAAACACGUAGACAAAGAUAUGACGCAUGUUACCGCUUCUAAUGGGCAAAAUGCUGUUACCUCUUCCACUAAUGUCCUUAAAGAUAAGCAUAAAGAGAAAAAAUCCCAUUUAACAGUGAGAACAUUACCAGGUAAAAUCUCUCAAAAAGUCAAAGGCCAUAGCUAUAAAAAGGUCUUAUCAUCAUCAUCGCCUGUUACGUCUAACUUGACAUCAAGUUUAGGUUCUACCACAUCAUUAACAUUAGGUUCUUCGAAACAAAAACAUCAACGUUUACAAUGUAAAUCCCACGAAGACGAAUACGAUGAUGAAGACGAUUACGUUAACAUUUCCUAUAGUAACAAUAACAAGCAUUCGAAAACAUUUUCACUUAAAAGUAACAAUGUUACUCCGGCUACCAACUCAUUUCAAUCCAAUUCUAUACAGAAUUCCGCUAAAACCGGUUUUAGUAAUAUGUCGUUUGAAGAUUUCCCAUCUGAUCAUGAAAUGGAUCGGAUGGCUCAGAAAACAGUUAUACCAUUUGAGGUGGUACGCAAUGAGAAAAUGCUAUUGGAGGCUGAAAAGAAAUUCGGUUCGCUGAAGAGACGCAAUAAUUUAUUCUCCUAGAAACGAAUUAUACCGGUGACUAAACAGUCACUCAAACGGGACAUUAAACAAGCCCUACAAAAAGUAUUAAGAAAUUCCUACGAAUAGCAUUUGACGAUUGCGAAUAGACCGCGAAAAUAUAUAGAAAAUAAUGUCAAUUAUAUAGAAGAAGAGAGACGGGAAGAAGGGGGGUUAUAUUCGGCUUGAACUGAAUUUUUGAUAUUCAUUACCAAGUGAACUUUCAAAAAGGCAACUGCAUAAGAAAUUUGAUACCAAGUACUCUUCAAAAUCAAAAUCAUUUAAAUCCUCUAAAUAUAUAAAUCGUGAACUCGAAAUGAAACCUAACCUCUCAAAGCAAAUAUAUGGAAAAAGUUUCAGGCAAUCGUAUUGAAUUCCUAUAUUGCAUUAGCAAUUGUUCAUCAAAUCUGCCGAUAUCGGUAUCUAUGGUAAGUCAAAUUUCGUUCAAUUUUUCAAUCAUUCCGAUCGUCAAAUCCAUCUGCAAGCCUUGCCUGAGAAAUUGAAAUGUGAAAGUAAGAGGACGGGAACGCGGAAUUAAAAAUUUGAUAAACUCCGUUAGUCGGCUUGAAUACAAAACCUAAGGAAUAAUAUAUAUGAACGAUUUGUGCGAAGAAUUAUGUUGCGCUUUUCCAGACUUAUCGUAGGCCAAUAUUGAAUUGAUUUUUCAGUAUUUUUUUUUUUUUUUUUUGUUUUUUCGGUCAAUAUACAAAGUCAUGACUGAUGACGUCUUCUUAAGACUUCUGUAAGCAAGCCUGCCUUGAUUUUGGCCCUUUUCAAUCGCCAACUUUGGAUAAUCGACGAAAGCAGAAAGUAAAUUACAGAGAGAGAUAGGCGUAACUGAACCCUUGUUUCAAAUCUCACUACUUAGAAUCUGCAGAAUGGUGCAAAAUGACAAAGUUCACAUUGGUGAUGGAUAUAAAAAGUUGUAAGACCUUGAACAGCAGUUAACAAAUACACUAAAAAAUAUGUUUAAAAAAAAAAAAAAAAAAAAAAAAAACAGAAAAAGAAAAUAAAAAGAAAUAGAAAGAAGCACACGAGCAUACUUCGGCUAAAGUCCUCAGCACGCAAAUAUUUACUUUAAUUUUACAGCGUCUAUAUAUGUAUAUGUAUGUAUGUAUAUAUAUGCAAAUUAAUAAAAGCAGAAUUUCGUAAGAGUACACUAAGACUGAAAUGCUAACUUAAAAUUAUGAAACAAAAAAUAAAAAGGGUUAGCAAAUGUUAUAUUGUUGCUGCUGUUUUGUUAUUACCCCAGGAAAAGAACAAAGUGUAACUAUUUUAUAAAUAUUUUUACAAGAAAAUAAAAAAAAAGAAACAAAAAUCAAGAAAUAAGAACGAAAUGGCUGAAAUUU